AAUUGCAUGUAAGAGUCAUUCAGACUCACUAGAUUAUCAAACAUUUCCAUUUUUUCUGAGAAGAUUAUCUCGGUAUAUAUUUCCAAUUGGGGAUUUUGAAUUGCUGAUUGCCAAUUGUGUUUACAUAUCUACUAUAUAUACAUAUAUUCAGUUUCUCUUCUUAUAUAUCUUUCUUUCCUCCCUCCUCCCUCUACAAACAAUAUCGACAAACCAACAGCACACGCAUACACCCACCCUUCAACCUCACCACACCCACCCCUCAAAAUGACCAUAACCCUCCACUUCGUGCGCCACGCCCAAGGUUUCCACAACCUCUGCACCGCCAACCACACCCUCCCAGACCCCCUCCUCACCGAUCUCGGCAAAGCCCAAUGCACCACCCUCUCGCAAACCUUCCCCUCCCCCGAAAAAAUAACCCACAUCGUCGCCUCCCCCCUCCGCCGCACCCUCUACACAGCGCUCUACUCCUUCCCCCGCGCCAUCGCCCGCGACAUCAAAGUCAUCGCGCUCCCCGAAAUCCAAGAAACUUCGACUCUCCCCUGCGAUACUGGCUCUGCGCCUGCGGCUCUCGCGGAGGAAUUUGCCGGAAGCGUGGAUUUGGGACUGGUGCAUGAAGGAUGGAAUAGUAAGAGUGGGAGAUGGGCAUCGAAUGCGCCGGCGAUUGAGAAGCGCGCGCGCGAAGCACGGGUUUGGUUGAGGGAAUUGGGGAGAAGGGCUGAGAAGGAGGGGAUGGAGGAUGUGAAUAUUGUGGUGGUGACGCAUGGAGGCUUUUUGCAUUAUUUUACGGAUGAUUGGGAAGAUUCCUCCCUUUUCGUCGGAACCGGCUGGACCAAUACCGAAUUCCGCUCGUAUCAUUUCCGCGCCGCCGAUUCAAGCGAUCCCAAUGCCGCAGUUCAAGAAACGAAAGAAAGUAGAGAGAGAAGGAAGGGAACUGAGAGACCACUUACGGAUGAUGAGCAGAGGAAUUUGAAAGCUGCGGCGGAGAGUGGAUGGCAGCAAGAUGGGUUUCAACAGAAAGUAAAGAAUGAGGAGGGGAAGGAGGUCGAGUUUGCUGCUUAGAAAGAUGGAGAUGAUGUAGAUGGUUUCGGUAUAAAGAGAUGGAUGGAGGUUUAGGACUUGGAUUGUUGAAAGAUAUUAUAGAUUGCGUAUAGAUUUUGAAUAGAUUAGACAGACUCGGGUAGAUGUAGAUGGAUGGAUAGAUAGAUAGUUCGCAUGCUAGAAAGCAAUCAUAGAAUUCACUUAUUAGUAAACGGUGCUAUGUAAACUAGAAUCAUAGCACAUAUACAUACAAGUUAUUAUAUUUAUAUUCCUGGAGUAUAAUCCCGCACUGAACAACCCUCCAAAAAGCCAAACACACCAAGGACUUCUUGACAGAUAUAAUAUUCAUUGAUAAUCAAUGAUCUCAUGCGGUAAACCUAUAUACCUCUCUCCCUUCGAGCCUCGUCACCCCAAUCACAACCCCCCUUCAUCAAUCCACUCCCUAACUACCGUAUCCCUCUCCACCGCCCCAUCCCACCCCGCAUCUCCAACCUCCAUCUCGGUAACUCUCUCCUUCGCAGUCUCAUCCGCAUCACAAUCCUCAUCCCAUUGAACUCUUAUUUUCAAUUCAUGCAUUACUACACUUCUUCUCAUCAACUUUGUUAGUUCUUGAGCUUGUUGUUUGAAGAUAUUGUUUCCUUUUUCUCCUUCAUCUGUCUCUUCAAUCUUUCCCUCAUCUUGUGAUGUGUUUUGUGAUAUAUCAUAUGCUUUCUCUCCAGUAAACGGAAAAGGAGAGUAUGUAAACAACGAUCUUGGUAUCCGUAACGAUGAGUUAGCAGGUGGGAAGAUGAGAUUUGAUUUCCGGGAUUCGAGGAGGGCUUCAUGUGGCUCUUCUUCAUCAUCUUCGGUUGCGUACUCGUUUGAGAGAUCCGGGUGUGGAAGCUGGGGAUCAGGAUAGCGGGAGAAGUCGUCGGCUUCGAUAGAAUCUGUACUUUCAAAACUAGAUGUCUCAGUGGGUGGAAUGGAAGCGGGGGGAGGAACGGGCCAUCUUUGUGGAACCGAGAUGCCGGAGUUGCGAAAGAAGAGGAUGGGUGAAGCGAAGGGAUCGAAAGUCUGAGAUGGAGAUGAAAAGAGACGAGUUUUGAGGGCGUGUAGGGUCAAAGUUGUCCAAGGAGAACUUUCGUAUAAGUCUAACGUUGAGAGGCGAUUGUAGGAAAGAUUUGGUGACGAAUCUGCGGAUUCAGAGUGAAAGAUUGAGGGGUCGGGUGUGGUAGAGAUGGGAGUCCAGUUAAAGAUUCCAUUAUGCACUAUGAGAGAAUGGAUCUUAGUGGGUAAGAAGGAAGAGGUAAACGAUUCUGUGAGGGCGAUAGAGGUGGCAAGAGUACCACCAAGGUAUGAUCCAUAGAUUAGAAGUGGUCGUUGAAUUGGUUUUGGAUUGUUGUAAAAAUAGGUUGAUUCUAGAGGUUUAGGCUCCGGUAACAGAGAGGGAAGGUAACUUUUCAAUAGCCAACUAUACGCUUGAAGUGUAUCAUGAACUGUGGUAGCGGUCAGUAAAAGCCAUGGGAUAAGUUGAGAAGUCUCUUUUCGGCAAAGAACCGAGAGAUUGUACGCCAGGUACGCCAGGUACG